AUUUUUCAUCAAUAAAGAAUAAAUCUUUGUUACGGAAAUUCACGGAAAUUUCCGGAACCAAACGAGCAUGGCGGCUAUGUUCCAGUUCCAACCGGUUCAAGAAAGUUUGCAAGAAAACACAUUCUUACGUUUGAGAGAGGGCCAACAGAAAACUACGAUUUUAAACACACUGGAUGCCAUCUACAGCAGCAAUGGGGACGCUGGCUGAUGAAGCCGCAAAGCUGCUUGACUUCAAUCAAAAGUUGGACAUCAGUCUUCUGGACAGUAUUGUAACAUGCAUGUACACAGGAGAUGGUCAGAGGCAACGAAUGGCACAAGAGGUAUUGACCACAUUAAAGGACCAUCCUGAUGCAUGGACAAGAGUGGACACCAUCUUAGAAUACUCCAGUAACCAACAGACCAAAUAUUAUGCUCUUCAAAUAUUAGAAAGUGUCAUAAAAACACGAUGGAAAGUUCUUCCAAGGCCACAGUGUGAAGGUAUUAAGAAGUACAUUGUGGGCCUUAUAAUAAAGACAUCCUCAGAUGCUUCAUCUCUAGAAAAGGAAAAAACAUACUUGGGGAAGUUGAAUAUGAUUCUUGUUCAAAUACUGAAGUAUGAAUGGCCAAGAAGUUGGCCAUCUUUUAUAGGUGAUAUUGUAGGUGCCAGUAAAACAAAUGAAUCUCUGUGUCAGAACAACAUGACUAUACUAAAGCUUUUGAGUGAGGAAGUAUUUGAUUUCUCAAGUGGCCAGAUGACACAAGCAAAGGCAAAGCAUCUGAAAGACAGUAUGUGUAGUGAAUUUUCACAGAUUUUCCAGUUAUGUCAGUUUGUCAUGGACAAUUCUCAGAAUGCACCACUUGUCGGAGCAACACUUGAGACAUUACUGAGAUUUUUGAACUGGAUCCCCCUUGGCUACAUCUUUGAAACUAAACUUAUUACAACUCUUAUCUACAAAUUCUUAAAUGUCCCAAUGUUUAGAAAUGUCACAUUGAAAUGUCUCACAGAAAUAGCAAGUGUACAGGUAUCCCAAUAUGAUGAACAGUUCAUUCAGCUCUUCAGCUUUGCACUGACACAGUUGAAACAGAUGUUACCGGUGACAACAAAUAUCCGUGAUGCAUAUCAACGUGGAACAGAUGAUGAACAAAUGUUUAUACAGAACCUCAGUCUCUUCCUGUGUACAUUUCUUAAGGAACAUGCUCCACUUAUAGAAAAGAAACCAGACUUGAAUGAACAUUUAAUGGGAUCCCUGACAUACCUGAUCUCUAUAUCAAUGGUAGAGGAGGUAGAAGUUUUCAAGAUCUGUUUAGAAUACUGGAAUUCAUUGGCUGCUGACUUGUACAGAGAGAGCCCAUUUUCAGCCUCAUCAUCACCUCUACUGCUUGGUAAAACACACAAUGAAAUGCCAAUUAGACGACAGCUUUAUAAUCCUGUACUAUCUAGGGUAAGAAGAGUAAUGAUCUCUAGAAUGGCAAAGCCUGAAGAAGUUCUAGUUGUUGAGAAUGAUCAAGGUGAAGUUGUUAGAGAGUUCAUGAAGGACACAGACUCUAUAAAUCUCUACAAAAACAUGAGAGAAACCCUUGUUUAUUUAACACAUUUGGAUUAUGCUGACACAGAAGCUAUCAUGACCGAGAAAUUGCACAAUCAAGUAAAUGGAACAGAGUGGUCAUGGAAAAAUCUCAACACGUUAUGUUGGGCUAUAGGAUCUAUCAGUGGUGCUAUGCACGAAGAUGAUGAGAAGAGAUUUCUUGUUACAGUUAUCAAGGACUUACUUGGACUAUGUGAACAGAAACGAGGCAAAGAUAAUAAAGCAAUUGUUGCCUCAAAUAUCAUGUAUGUGGUUGGACAGUACCCACGAUUUCUGAGGGCUCACUGGAGAUUCUUGAAAACUGUGGUCAAUAAACUUUUUGAAUUCAUGCAUGAAACUCAUGAUGGUGUACAGGACAUGGCAUGUGACACAUUUAUAAAAAUUGCCCAAAAGUGUAGACGACAUUUUGUACAAGUACAGGUUGGGGAAGUUAUGCCAUUUAUUGAAGAAAUACUCAAUGGUGUUAACACAAUCAUCUGUGAUCUUCAACCACAACAGGUUCACACAUUUUAUGAGGCUGUAGGUAUGAUGAUAAGUGCCCAGACAGAUCAGGUGGCCCAGGAGCAUCUGAUAGAACGUUACAUGUUACUGCCAAAUCAAGUAUGGGAUGGUAUCAUCAAUCAGGCAACACAAAAUGUAGAAGUGUUAAAAGAUGGUGAUGCUGUCAAGCAACUUGGCAAUAUUCUCAAAACAAAUGUCAGAGCUUGUAAAGCUCUUGGGCAUCCUUAUGUUGUACAGCUUGGACGCAUUUAUUUGGAUAUGUUGAAUGUUUAUAAAGUGAUGAGUGAAAACAUUAGUAGUGCUAUAGCAACAAAUGGUGAAAGUGUUACAAAACAACCACUUAUACGCAGUAUGAGAACAGUGAAAAAAGAAACAUUAAAACUGAUAUCAGGGUGGGUUAGUCGAUCUAGUGACCCAUCUAUGGUAGCUGAAAAUUUUGUACCACCAUUGUUGGAUGCUGUUUUACUGGAUUAUCAGAGAAAUGUCCCAGCAGCACGAGAACCAGAAGUCCUAAGCACCAUGGCAACUAUAGUCAACAGAUUAGAAAGUCACAUUACAAAAGACAUUCCUCAAAUAUUUGAUGCAGUUUUUGAAUGCACACUGGAAAUGAUCAACAAAGAUUUUGAAGAGUUCCCGGAACAUAGAACCAAUUUCUUCCUUCUUUUACAAUCUGUCAAUACAUAUUGCUUCCAGGCAUUCUUAAAUAUACCAGCAGCACAAUUCAAAUUGGUUUUGGAUUCAAUUAUCUGGGCUUUUAAGCAUACAAUGAGGAAUGUAGCUGACACUGGUCUAGACAUACUGUACGUGUUGCUGCAGAAUGUAGCAGGCGAGGAGAAUGCUGCACAAAGUUUCUACCAAACUUUCUUUACUGAUAUAUUACAACAUAUAUUCUCUGUGGUGACAGACAGUUCUCAUACAGCUGGUUUAACAAUGCAAGCUACAAUAUUGUCAUACAUGUUUAGUCUUGUGGAGCGUGGAAAGAUUACUGUAGCAUUAGGUGGUAAUGCAUCUUCAGUAGCUGACAACAACACAUAUAUACAGGGAUUCUUGUUAAAUCUUCUCAAGGCAGCUUUCCCUCAUCUUAAUGAGCCACAGAUAAAGAUAUUCAUUGAAGGAUUAUUCAGUUUCAAUCAAGACAUCUCAGCAUUCAAAGAGCAUCUAAGAGACUUCCUUGUACAAAUUAGGGAGUUUGCUGGUGAGGAUAACAGUGAUUUGUUCUUGGAAGAACGAGAAUCUGCCAUUAAACAGGCACAGGAAGAGAAGAAGAAAAUACAGAUGUCUGUACCAGGUAUUAUUGGACCACAUGAGAUACAAGAGGAUAUGCAGGAUUAGAGGGGGGCCAAAAUGUCAGUAUGUGGGACACAUAACAAAAUGGCACAAUGGAAAAAGUGAAAGGAUUUCAACUAUCAGUUGGACAUAAGAAGUGUUUGCACUGGCAUGAAGGAUCUCAAGAGGCAAUAAGAGGUCUGUGUUGUUGACUGUAUCAGUCAGAUGUGAGGAGAAAAGAUAAUGCACCAAUGUGUCAAGAUUGAAAAACUUUAACACUUAGGUUGGAUAAAUGAAUAAUGCACAUUUUCUAAGUAUAUUGAAUGUACAUAUUAUGUCAAACUCAAUUUGUUGAUACUGAAAUUUGCUGCCAUAUUUUAAAAGAGAGACAUUGAUUAAGCUUGGAAAUACGAUUUUUAUAUGUCAUGAAGCAAGAAGACUACAACAUGAUAAAUGAUAAUUUAUUCAGGACACCACUCUUUGAAAAGAAAAUGUUUCUUGUCACAAGUUAAGACAAGAUACUUCAAAAAACUUAUUGAUUUGACAUAGUAUUUUGAAUGGACCAGAGUUUUUUGUGUUCUGUAACAUUUUUCUUGCAAGUCAUUUUAGUAUAGAAACAUUUGUUGAUUACUUUGUCUUUUGUUUGUAUUUUGAUGCGUUGUUAUUAAGGUGCAAUAAAUCUGGAGUGUUGUGACAAUGAUUUCAUCAUUAAUGAUGAAGUGCCACAGUGAUGCACAUGUCUAUUGAGAAAAUAGAUUGUAACAUCGGUUGGAAGUACAUUACUGAAUAUUGAGAUGAAAGUGCUCAUAAUGGAAAUGUGUUUGAUUUUAUCAGAAGGUGCUUUUAUAGAUUAAAAUUUUCAAAUAGAUAUGUUCUCAAUUUGACAAACAUAAAGUUAAUUACAUAUAACUAUGGGACAGGAAAGAUUGUCAUGUAUGUGCAAGAAAAGGGGAAACUGUAUUUUAAUGAUAGUAAAAAGUGCAUAUUGAUUAUGAAGGGACGGGUGUCCAUUCUUGAAAUGGUGAAUAUAAUAAAAAGAAACAUACAAGAUUGUUAAUACAGUUUGUACAUGGCAUUAAACAGUGCAUUUCUGUCAACAUAGCUAACUUUUCUGCGCAUUUGUAUGGAAUAAAUUAAUAAUGCUAUUUUAUAAAAUAUUUUGUUUUCAAUUUUUCAUUUAUUUUGUAUUUGUACUAAUUGUUGAUGUUAACACAUGCAAAACAAUGUAAAAUCUAGCUUCAUCUAUGUAAAUACUUCAUUCAUAUCUAAGUGAUAUAAUUGAUUACCGACAUUUUGACCUACAUUAAAACUUCUGAUUGUAUUAAAUCAUUGAUGAAUGAAACACAACCAUGUUAGGCUAAUCGUAACACUGAAUUUUAACAUUUAUUUUACUGUUUCCAUUUCUAGCAACAUUCAUACAUGCUAUUUUGAGAUUUCUGAAUAAUUUCUUUCAAAAUAAAAUUACCAGAAGGAGAAAUUUUUCUUAUUUUAUACGAGAAAUUACAAAAUAUGCAGUUAUCUUUUGUGAUGUACUGUUUGUUCUUAGUAUGCAAACCUCAUUUGAAAUCCCUAAUUCCAUUGUCUUUCUGUUGACACUUUUUACCAUGCACAUAUAUAUAGGGAUUGUAUGUAUAUUUUGGCUAUACAAUUUUUUUUUAGGUAAACCAACUGACAAUUUUUUAAAGAACUUUCUAAUGUACAUUAUUCUUUCAACAAACAAAAAAUAUAUGUAUAUUUGGUUUUUGUUUCUGUAUAAGGAUACUGAUAUUGAGUUGCUUAAAGUUUUUGACAGAAAUGGUAAAGUUAAUUGAUAGGGGUUUCUAACUUUAUAUAUAGAGCAUCGUUUGUUUGAAUCCAGGAAUUGCUAUUUUUCGAGAAACAUGUAUCUAUUACAAGUUUUAAGAUAUGUAACGAUAGUGUACGAUUAUUAUUUUUGAGAAGAAAUCAUGUUGACCAUUCAGUUUUUUAAAAACAUGUAUCGGUUUGAAAUUAUGAUUUCUUACCAUAAAUUUUUGGAAUCUGUAUUGAUUACUGAGAGCUAGUUUAAAUAAGAUGUGAUUUAUUUAAAUUUGUAAUAGUGAUGCUUAAAGAUAGUUUUAUAUAUUUUGCUUUGUAUGUAUUGCAAUUGUUUAAAUAAAUCUUUGUUAUUGUUAAACAAAUGGCAGUAAAUAUAAAUCCAUGCAAGAGAAAGGUUUAAUAUUGAAGUUAGGGAAAAAAUAUGAUGAAGAAUCAGUGUUCUUAUUUGGAAUGAAAAUUAUACUUAAAAACAUUUGUGUUUGUACUACAUUUAUAUAUAUGUUGAUGUCAAAUAGUUUCAUUAUGUGAUGAUGCAAGAUCUGUGUGUACGAAGUGAUAUUAUCAUUUUGUUAUUUAGAUUAGAACAGAGCUGGUCAAAAUGAUGUCAUCUUAGCUGUCAGUAUCUAUAUUUAAUGAUUGAUAAAUGGUUGACUAAAAUAUAAUAUGGCUAGAAA